AUGCCUGCUAGUGAAAACGUUCAGAGGAAUGACUCUUCGCUGGCCCAUAGAGAGCUGCGUUUCGGCUGGAAGAAGGGUGUGUCCCAGAGCUUUUACCUGGGAGCAAUGAUGAUCUUGUCAAGCAUUUCAGUGAGACCAGCCCAAGUUUUUAGGGUGGGGAUCCAGACUGGUUAUACGUCCCGCCAGUCCUUCUCCCAGAGGAAGGCAGAAACACCUCAAAGCCUGCAUACUCUAGAUCAUAUUAAUGCAUCAAUGUCAACUCAUCCUAUCGCAUCUCUGAGACUGAAGUCCGUGCUAAGUCAUGCUGGGAAAAUAUUGGAUAGGAAAUCCAUAUCAGUACUUAGUAGCACUUUGUUGUCCAAAUUCUCUUUUGCAGGGCGUUGCCUAAUGUACAAGGAGCGAGCAGGCUCAGUGUUGCAGCUGGGCUUACUGCACUCCCUUCCACAAAGAAAAAGUUGUUUUGAUCCAGAAGAUUCUCAACAGCUCGUGGCCUGUAGUCUCUGCCUCUUCCCACCACUCCCGCCAAUUUCUGUCAGAGUGGUGGUGGAAGUUAACAGUGAAUUUCAAAUCCAGGUAAGAGAUUACAACGUUAAAAAUGGCACUAUCAAAUGGCAUUCAAUCCGAAGGCAAAAACGUGAAUGGAUCAAGUUCGCUGCAGCCAUUCGUGAAGGUGAAGACAAUUCAAAGAGAAACCCAAUCGCCAAAAUUCACUCAGAUUGUGCUGCAAACCAGCAAGUUACAUAUCGCAUCACUGGAGUAGGAAUUGAUCAACCACCUUAUGGGAUCUUUGUUAUUAAUCAAAAAACGGGUGAAAUCAAUAUAACAUCCAUAGUUGACCGGGAGGUCACUCCUUUUUUCAUUAUCUAUUGUAGGGCUCUGAAUUCCCUGGGCCAAGAUUUAGAGAGGCCUCUUGAGCUCAGAGUCAGGGUUCUGGAUAUAAAUGACAAUCCUCCUAUAUUUUCUAUGUCUACGUUUGUAGGACAAAUAGAAGAAAAUUCCAAUGCAAACACACUGGUGAUGAUACUCAACGCUACUGAUGCAGAUGAACCAAAUAAUUUGAACUCAAAAAUAGCCUUCAAGAUCAUAAGACAGGAACCUUCUGAUUCACCAAUGUUUAUUAUCAACAGAUACACUGGAGAAAUUCGAACAAUGAAUAACUUUCUAGACAGAGAGCAAUAUAGCCAGUAUUCUCUUGCUGUAAGAGGUUCAGACAGAGAUGGAGGGAUAGACGGUGUAUCAGCAGAGUGUGAAUGCAGCAUUAAAAUACUCGACGUCAAUGAUAACAUCCCAUACAUGCAACAGUCUUCUUAUUCCAUAAGUAUCCAAGAAAAUGCUCUAUAUUCAGACCUACUCCAGAUUACAGUAAUUGAUUUGGAUGAGGAGUACUCAGAUAACUGGAUAGCAGUAAUUUUUUUUGUCUCUGGAAAUGAGGGAAAUUGGUUUGAAAUCGAAAUGAAUGAAAGAACCAAUGUGGGAACUUUAAAGGUUGUUAAGCCCCUGGAUUAUGAAGCGAUGCAGAAUGUGCAACUAAGUAUUGCUGUCAGAAACAAAGCCGAAUUCCAUCAUUCGGUUAUGUCUCAGUAUAAAGUCACGGCAACUGCAGUCUCGGUGACGGUGGAAAAUGUAAUAGAAGGUCCAGUGUUCCGUCCAGGCUCCAAGACGUAUGUUGUAAAUAGUAAAAUGGGAGCCAAUUAUAGAGUGGGAGACUUCGUAGCCACUGACCUGGACACAGGCCUGCCUUCAACAACUGUCAGAUAUGUAAUGGGAACUAAUCCAGGCAACCUGCUAGCUGUUAAUUCAAGAACAGGUGCAAUUACUUUGGUAAAUCAAGUUACCAGGGAACAAUAUGAUAUGCUUGGGGGAAAAUACCAAGGAACAAUUCUAUCUAUAGAUGAUGCUUCUCAGAGAACUUGCACUGGCACAAUUAUUAUCGUACUUGAAGGUUCUGACUGGGGAGGAUCUGGUGGCACCAGUACCACUACAAGUACUGGAAGUAGUACUGGAGGUGGUACUGAUUCGGGCACAGGUGUACGGUAUACUCCCACAAACUAUGACACCACGAGUCCAUCCGACAGAGAAAACGGGCACACACCAAGUAUCAAUCCACUUAGAAAUCCUAUUGAUAAUGUACAUUUCGGUCCUGCUGGCAUUGGGCUACUCAUCUUGGGAUUCUUGCUCUUAGGCUUGGUUCCAUUUUUGCUGACCUAUUGUGAUUGCGGAGGUGCCGCUGGUGACAGAGCCGGUUUUGAGCCUGUUCCCGAAUGUUCAGAUGGAGCAAUUCAUUCAUGGGGGGUUGAAGGACCGCAGCCUGAACUCAGAGACUUGACCACCGCCGUCUGCGUGCCACAGCCACUACCUGAUAAUGCAAAUAUAAUGGAAUGUGUUGACAACACAGGAGUUUACACAAACGAGUACUGUGCCAGAGAAAUGCAAGAUCUGGGAGGAGGAGAAAGAGCGUCAGGAUUUGAAGUGACGAGUGGAGUUAAAACGUCUGGAGGGCCUGAGAUAUGCCAAGAAUAUUCUGGAACAUUAAGAAGAAAUUCUAUGAGGGAAUGUAGAGAAGGAGGUCUGAAUAUGAAUUUCAUGGAGAGUUACUUCUGUCAGAAAGCAUAUGCAUAUGCAGAUGAAGACGAAGGUCGCCCAUCCAAUGACUGUUUGCUCAUAUAUGACAUCGAAGGUGUAGGUUCCCCCGCUGGCUCCGUGGGUUGUUGUAGCUUCAUUGGAGAAGACUUGGAUGAUAGCUUCUUGGAUACACUGGGGCCUAAAUUUAAGAAGCUGGCAGAUAUAAGUCUGGGGAAAGGAGCUGAUUCCUAUCCAGACCUUGAUCCUUCAUGGCCACCUGAGCAUACUGAACCAGUUUGCCCUCAGCAGGGAACAGAGCCCACUACUGGUAGAUACCCACCAAUUUCACCACAUUUUGGCACUACCACAGUAAUUUCUGAGAGCACCUAUCCCUCGGGACCUGGGGCGCAGCAUCCUAUACCUAUUCCUGAUCCUCUGGGCUAUGGCAAUGUCACUAUGACAGAGUCUUACGCCACCUCUGGCACUCUAAAGCCCUCUGUUCACCUUCAUGAUAAUCGACAAGCAUCAAACGUAGUGGUGACAGAAAGGGUGCUUGGCCCAAUUUCUGGGGCUGAUUUGCAUGGAAUGUUAGAUGUGCCUGAUCUGAGAGAUGGGUCAAACGUUAUCGUGACAGAAAGAGUAAUAGCACCAAGUUCAAGUCUACCCACCUCUUUGAUCAUCCCUGAUCCUAGAGAGGCUUCAAAUGUGGUAGUGACUGAAAGAGUAAUUAGACCAACCUCUGGCGUGACGGGCACUCUGGGGAUGCACCCUGAGUUAUCAAAUGCCCACAAUGUGAUCGUGACAGAGAGGGUUGUUUCUGGCUCUGGCAUAGUUGGAAUUAGUGGCACAGCUGGGAUAAGUGGAAGCAGUGCUGGAGGUGGGGGUCUGAGUGCAGCUGGAGUGAGUGGUGGUGGCAUCGGGCUAAGCAGCCUGGGUGGAGGUGGGGGCCUGAGUGGCAGCAUGGGAGGGACAGCCACCAUUGGCCACGUGAGGAACUCCUCUGACCAUCACUUUAGUCAGACCCUUGGAUCCGCCUCCCCUGGCACAGCUCGAAGUAGGAUCACAAAGUACAGCACAGUGCAAUAUACCAAGUAGUCAGAACCCUGGCAAACUUUUUCACAGUUAUUGUGAUUUGGAUUCAGUUCCUACCACACGAAACACUAAUAACGUCAUUUAUGACGCACAACUAGGUUCUAAGAAAAUUGUGGCACAAAGUGAGAAAGCAGACUGAGAAAAACAAACAGAAACAUUGCUGUAGAAGGAGAGGUCUCCUUAGCAUUUACAAAUAUUUUUUUCUUAGAUUAAUACUAAAGAAAUGAGAAGCAUGAACUAAAAACUUGAGGCAGGUCUUCUUUGUGCCUGUGUGACCUGUAGAGUCUUCUUUGCAUUUGUGUGGCCUGGAGUUUAUAAAUAAAACACAGUCACAUACAAACACCAGCCUUAAGAUUGCAAUUGGCAUAAAUCUCCUUAUUCUCCUUGCUUUGUUUUGAUUUGCCAUAUAGCUCGGGCAGUAUUCAAAAAGAACUAAAACUGUAAGAUGUGCUCAUAUAUGUGGGAAGAAUUCGAAAUGUGUGCCAGGUGCCCUAUCAAUUUCACAGACCGUGUAAAUAAAAAUCCAACCCCAAAUUCAGACCAGAGUUAAAACAAAGUCUGACUACAUAGUCCAGGGCACGAUCUACGAAACACCCUUUCUUUAAUAACUGAACUGUCAUUUGGUGCCGUUGAGUCAGUUUCAACUCAGAGAGACCCCAUGUCACAGAGUAGAACUACCCUGUAGGGCAUCCUAGGCUGUAACCUUUACGGGAGCAGAUCACCAGGUUUUUUGUCCCGCAGUGUUGCUGGUGGGUUUGAACUUCCAACAUUUUGAACUUCCAAUGUUUCAGUUAGCAGCUGAGCGCUUAACUAUUGUGCCACCAGGGCUUCUUAUAAUUGCAUUAGAUAAAAUAAACUUCACUUUAGAAAAUGUUAUCUGGGAGAGAAAUUCCUUAAGAGUGGCAAUAGGUGAGAUUCAUUUGGGGCAAACUGGCAAUGUCUGAGCCUGACUCUUUAAAUGGGGCUUCAGCUAAAUCUCCUUAUGCAGUCAAGAACUUUUCUGAUUCUAGUUUGUGUUUCAUGGUAGAUGUAAUACGGAUGAAUACUGCAAUACUGGUGAGGUUGCAGGAUAUCACACUCUUUUUCUUUUACCGCAGUGGCUCCAAUCUACAAACGGAAACCCUGUCAAGUGUAUUUCUCAGAUAGAAACAAGCAACAUGGUUGUCACAACUAGCGGUAAAUUACCUUCCUGAUAAAAAGUGAAAACCCUGGUGGUGUAGUGGUUAAGCGCUAUGGCUGCUAACCAAAAGGUUGGCAGUUCCAAUCCACCAGGCACUCCUUGGAAACUCUAUGGGGCGGUUUUACUUUGUCCUAGGGGGUCACUAUGGGUCGGAACCAGCUUGACGGCGACGGGUUAAUAAGCAGAUGGGAACUGCACUGUAUUUUGAGAUUGUGGUUUUAGCAAGUGUUAUUCAUUUCUAUCCAGCUCUGUAGUACAUAUCUUCUAAGUUAAAAAUGGUUUAUUUAAGCUGAGCUAUGAAAACAAGCUUGCAGUGUGGAUAAGCUUUGAGGAAUUUUUUUUAAGAGAUUUAAAAAAGUUUUUAGAACAUGUAGUAAAUGUUUGAUGGGGAAAGUUAGGAAAGACUUGUUUGAUAAAGUGAUAACAUUCUAAUUAUUAGCCUUAAUUGAGCUUCAGUACUUUUUUUUUUUUUUAAACAGCCCUCUGCUCCCAUUUUGAAGAGAUCAACCAGGAAUUUUUAACAGUUAACGAUUUUGUGCUGAUAAGAAUGAAAUAGUAUUAGACAAACCCAUUUUCUUAGUCUAUCCCACCCUCUAGCUGAAUUUUUUCACCAGCAUACAGUUUAUAUUCUUGAUUGUCAAUAAACACUUGGUUUAUAUGCACUCCAAUCUAUAGUUUCCAAAUUAUGAAAUAUUUUUCUAUCUUUAAAACUCAGUAAUGUGCUAUUUUUGAUGUAUCAUUUCUGUGUGUUUACUGUAUAGUGUUACUUGGUUAAAAUCUCUAAAAAGAAUCAGGUCAUUCUUAGAGCUAGGUAAAUUUACUCCUACAUAGUAGAAGAAUGUUCUUUCUUUUUAAAAUUCAGUGUUAAUAUGAGCUGGUAUCACUAAAGUGACACCAAAUAUGACAAAAUAAAAUUAGGAAAAAAAAAAAAACUUUUGCCUUGAAUUUGUGAAUAAAAUACAGCUUCUAAUGAUUUCCCCCUAAUAACUCAAAUUUCCCGGUGUAUUAUGAGAUAGAUCUAAGGCUAGUUAUUUAAUUUCCAACACUUGUCAAAGGGGGCAGGGAGUGAAUUAUUUUACCUAACACUAGUUUGCUCUCUGUAGUAGCAGGUGAGGUCAGUAUUUUAAAAGCCACAAUACACAUCUUAUUUUCACUCUAGAGGAUACAUAAAAUUUUGAUAGUCUGUAGGAUGAAAAAAAAAUGCAGAGGUGUAAAUAAAGUCAUUUAAAGGGAGUCUUUUUUUUUUUUUUUUAAUGUCUUUCUCCCAUUCUGGGACCAGUGGCGACGGGUUUGGUUUGGUUUUGGUUAGUGCUUCCAGAAAUAAAGUCAAAAGGUAUUUAUUGAAACGUUCUUGCAUGUGCCUGUGUCCAGGAGUUUGAAGGAAUAAAAAUAAUUAUUAACUAAUUAAUUGAAGAGAAUGGUAUCUGAUCAUAGAGAAUUUGUCACUUUGAUAUGACAUAUCAUCAGAAAACUUAAGAUAACUUAUGUCAUUCAGAGGUAUUUUUUAGGUUAUCUAACAAAUGACAGAGUGGCCAUCUUUAAUAACUAUUGUUAUUACGAUCCUUUGGUUACAUAAAAUCAUGGCAGAUAUGGGGGAAAAACACGGCAGUGAUAGUCAUCAAUCUUACUAGGAAAAUGCUUUCAAAUCAAAUUGUUAUUCUUAUGAUUACACAUUGAUGUUCCGGCUAUUUAAUCCUAAAUUUUAAAAUUACCUUAUUAAGACAUUAGCCAUUCUAACAGGCGUGUUGUAUUUUUCAAUAAACAGCCUUUGGGCAGAAUUUCAUUCUUCUCCUUUGAUAAUUUGCUCUCCUAUGCACCAUCCCAUAGGCCUAAAAACAACAUGGUAACAAUUUUAUAAGUGAAUAGCCAUAAUUCAAACCUGUAUUGCAAGUUGAAUCUCAGAUCAGCUUGCUCUUAUACAAAAGGGAUAAGGAAGGGAUAGUAAUUUAAUUUUAUGUACAUAUGGUUUUAAAACAAAGUGUUCAAUGUUUAUAAGAAUAUCUUAUUUUCUAAAGAUGUGGUCCCUAGGGGCAAAAAAUGCAUCAUAAAACGUUUUCUUUAUAGUUUAAUUUCAACCAAAAUGCCAUCUUGAGCCAAUUUUUACACUAAUUUCCAGAUGUAUCUGCUACAUAUUAUUCGCUUCUAUGCAUGUUGCCUGAUGUAACUGUAUCUGCACUAAAACAAUUUACAUUAAAAGUCUCGAUUUAGGAUUAUUUAUAUGCCUCCACCUGGGCACCUGUUCAACAUUUGUAUAUAAUUCUUUUAGCAUCAUAAAUUUCAUUCAGUGAAAUGUUCUGGAAGAAAUUUAAUUAUAUAUGUUAAAAAAACUACACUUUCUGCUCAUGAUUUUUUUUUUUUUAGUUAUGUACACAACUCAUUUCUGAAGUUAUACCAAAAUUUGACUGUUGGCCAGGGUAUAACACAUAUGACAUUCUUUGACUUUAGUAGAGGUUUAACAGUCAGUUACAAACAUGGCCAAAAUGACACGGCUUUUUGGGAAGGAUCUUUGAAACCCAAAGCAAACUUUAAAAAGCUUUUGCCACAUUUUUCUAUGCUUAUUUAAUAAAUUCCAACCUUCUUUGUGAGUUUCUAUGUUUUUAAGUUGUGCGUUGCACUGCGCUAGCAUGUACCAGUCCACGGUAAAUUCUAAGAACUAAUGAAAUAGAACCUGUCUUGCGGUUCUAAACUAUUCAAUUUAUUUUAGGACUAAAGCUUGAAUGGAUCAAAGAACUUUAAAACAAUGAAUAGUCUAUGACUGAAUGAUCUACACUUGCCCCAUUUGGUUAUUUUUGAAUUAUUAUACGCUUUAUCUUCAAACUGUCUCUGGUUUAACUUAUUUUUCUUUUGCUGUCUGUUUUACAAGCAUUUUUAAACUCCAAUAUUCAUUUUUGGUGAUGUUUCAGUCUAAAGUGUUUAGAUUAUUUGGGUGAUCUUCCUUGCUUGGUUACUAUGCUACUCUAAGUCAGUUUGUAAGUUCCAGAGUUAUGUUUACAGCAAUAAAAUGAUGCAUAUAUCUCUAUUAUCUUUUUUAAAAAAUGUUUUAUUGUGUUUUAGGUGAAAGUUUACAGCAAACUAGUUUCCCAUUCAACAAUUUAUACACAAAUUGUUCUAAGACAUUCGUUGCUAUCCCCACAAUGUGUCGGCACUCUCCUCGUUUCCACCCUGCCUUCACAGUUUCCAUCCUUCCAGUUUCCCUGCCCUCCUUGCCAUCUCAGCUUUGCUUCUGGGCACAUGUGGCCCAUUUGGUCUCCUAUAGUUGAUUGUCCUAAGGAACAUGUUCCUCCUGGGUGUUAUUGUUUAUUUUUUAUAGGCCAGUCUAUUAUUUGGCUGAAAAGCGACCUUCAGGAGUGACUUCAGUUCCAGGUUAAAAGAGUGUCUUAGGACCAUAGUCUCAGGGUUCCUCCAGUCUCUAUCAGUCCAGUAAGUCUGGUCUUUUUUUAUGAA